AUGAGGCAAAGGGAAAGCAAAGAAUUUGCUGAGCUAUUAAACAGAUCAAGAGAAGGUAAUCAUACAAAUGAAGACAUUGCAAAAUUAAGGACUCACAGCAUUGCAUUAAGUAAUCCAAACUAUCCAAAAGAUGCACCACAUUUGUUUAUCCAAAAUUCAAAAGUGAAUGAUUUUAACUGCAAAGUUCACAAUGCUCUUACAGGUAUGAAAUAUUCUAUCAAAGCUCAUGAUAGUGUAGUUGGAGCUGAAUCACAGGAGCUUAGAGACAAAUUAUUGAAACAGAUACCGAGCGAUCCUAGGAAGACUAAACAAUUACACUCGAUAUUACACUUAGCAGUUGGAGAAAGAACUGAGAUAUCUCUGAAUACAAGGACAGAUGAUGGCAUGACUAAUGGUGCAGGAAAUUUUAUUAAACUGAUGCAAAUACACAAUACUAAUAAGCCUUCAGGGAUCAUA